UCCCUGUCGUCGACGUUUUCCAAUAUGUCUACUCUACGGUGCUUUAAUCUAUAGUAUCUUUUAUUAAUACAACAGUACUACUAAUAGUAGUAGGAGUAAUAAAUGGGCAAGAGGAGUCGGUGGUUGUGGUGGAUGGUGGUGGCUGUAGGUGUAGUAGGAGUGGUGGCGACAGGCACAAACAGCGGCGCAGGGGAAGGGGAAGGAAAAGGGAAAGUGUUAGAGCCUCUCGUAACCAGAAUUGCCUUUGGAUCCUGCGCCAACCAAAGCGCUCCUCAGCCCAUUUGGAAUGCCAUAAUUGACUUUGAUCCCCAAGUUUUUAUUUGGCUGGGAGACAAUGUUUAUGGAGACACUAAACGUCCUUCUAAGUUAUUUGGAAAGGAAAGGACUUUUGGGCCUUGGAAGAAUGCUCCUAGGUUUAUCCCUUCCUCCCCAAAGGAAUUGGAGUCCAGAUACCAGAAAGCUAAAAGUAAUCCUGGUUAUUCUCGUCUUCGACACACUACUCAGGUUAUUGGUACCUGGGAUGACCAUGACUAUGGAUUAAAUGAUGCUGGAAAAGAGUUUGGUGGUAAAAUCACUAACCAAAAGCUUCUCCUCGAUUUCUUAGACGAGCCUCAAGACAGUCCUCGGCGCCAGCAGGAGGGUGUGUAUACUUCAUAUAUGUUUGGCCCGGUGGGCAGACAAAUCAAGGUCAUCCUUUUAGACACGAGGUACCACAGAGAUCCUUUGCGCAGCGAUGGGAGUGUCCUGGGAAGUUCUCAGUGGACAUGGUUAGAAAAGGAGUUGAACGGACCAAAAUCAGCCAUUACCAUCAUUGGGUCUUCAGUGCAGGUUAUAUCAAAUCUUUCAGCAACCACUCGCCCAUUGUUUUCUUUGGAGUCCUGGGGACGUUUCCCAAAGGAAAGGAAUCGUCUUUUCAAAUUGAUAGCAGAUACUAAGAGAGAAGGCAUCUUCUUCAUCAGUGGAGAUGUUCAUUUUGGAGAAAUUUCUAGAUAUGACUGUGCUACUGGAUAUCCACUAUAUGAUGUAACUGCAAGUGGGCUUACACAAGCUGUUGAGAAAGCGGUCCCACAUGUAUUUAGUUUGUUAGUGAGAUUUGUGGCAUGGCUGACACCAACGACAAUGAGAGUGAUCAGCAAAAAUUGCAGAUUCAGGUCAUGCACGUAUGGUCAGCCAAAUUUUGGAGCAAUUGAAAUUGACUGGAGCACAACUCCAGUAACCUUGAAACUUGAGGUCAGGGACAUCGUAGGGUACCCUGUCACUGGUGUAAAAUUUCCAUUAGUGGAAUUGCAAUCACGUGGCUUAGUGGCAUCAGUUAAAGCAGGGGAACAUCGAAGGCAUUGCUCCCUUGAAGUUAAUCUGCCAUGGAUGAUCAAAUAUCGCCUGGCAAUUUUAUUCUACUGUUCUGUAUCUGCUUUGCUUCUUGCUAUGAGUGGGCUGGCUUAUGCAGCCACAUUAGCAUUCAGACUGCUCCUCCACAAAUGCAAGCUAGAUUGAAUACGCCUUAGUGGAGACGAUAAGAUUUUAGGAUACAGGUUCUUGCUCAACUUGUAAA